AUUUGAAACAGAUUGUUUAUAAACUAUUACACAUUAUUACAUUGUUUGACAUUGAUUUAUGAAUGAAAAUCUGUAUGGAUUAUUUAAACUAGAAAGAUGUCAACGAAGAAAAAUAAUUCCUUCCAUAUAUAAUAAUAUACAAAUAGAAUAACAAUUGUUUCUGUUCAAUCAACAGUGAAUAUCCGAACUCAUGAUUAAAAAAAUGCUGGGGCGUGUGAGGAUAAUCUGCUUGGUUGAACUAAGAUUUUGGUUUCCAAAUUUUUCAGCAUUACAAGUGCUGAUCCACAUGCCGGAAAUAUAUCCCAAUAGAUUCAAAUGAUAAUUAUUCAAUGAAAUUUGUAAAUAAUUUCUAAUUUGUAAAUUGAUCCUCUCAAUUCAAUCUUAUUGAUCGUUGAAAAAGUCUGUUUUUUUUUUGCUGAGAGAGAAAGAGGGAGAGGGUAAGGGGGGGGGAAGAGAAAAAAAAUCUUUACUCAAAUUUUAUUAUUUUUCUCAAAAAAUUUUUUUUAUAUUUUUUCUUAAUGUUCCAUAUGAGAAUUGAUCAUUUCAUGAAGAAUAUUACUGAAAUAAUUUAAUAAAUCAUCAUCAUGUUAACAAAAUUGAUCAUAAUUUGAAAAAAAGCAUUUCUAUAACCAAAUUCUCAUAAUGAAAUUACAAUCUGUACAGAAUACAUCAAAAACAAAUAUUAUGAGAAAAAAAAGAGAACGUAAGCAUCGAAGUAAAAUGUCUAAUACUGUGACAUUAUCACCUUGUUUGCUAUUGUCUUCAUCUUUAGACCAAACGAAAACAGUAAAUGAUGAAUUGAGUGAGAAACGUGUUAAUCUAAGAAAAGAACGAUCUCGUUUAGCUGCACAAAUUAGACGUAAUCGAGAAGGUCAAAGUUUAAUGCUAAUACAAAAUGCUCUACCAAUAUCUUCCCAUGUUUUAGGAUUAAAUUUAGUUCAACAAAAUUCAAAAUCAUCUAAUUCGAUCAAUGGAACGAAACAAAUAAAUCAAUCAUCAGAAAAUAAUAAUGUAAUUAAUUCAGGUACAAUUGGACGUGGACAAAAGAAGACUACCUAUUUUAAUUCAUCAGUGUCAAACACAAUGACAGGAUUUUUAACUACAACAUCAACAGCCACAAUUACAGAAAUACCGUCAUCUACAAUUUCUAAUAUACCAUCAGCUAUUAAUUUAGAAAAGACUAGAGUACUUCGUAUUGCUGGACAUACAUUAUUUCUUCUUAACAAAUUGUCUUCCUAUCUUAGAUUACAAGCAAAACUUUGUUUAACUUUAAAUAGUCAAUCAUUGUAUGGUAUGUUGAUUGAUGCAAAAGAAAUGAGAAUUGCUUAUGUAACACCUGCUUUAGCUAAAGCUAUUGGUUGGUCAUGGAUAAAACUUUUAGGUGCUCCUUUACAUAAAUUAAUAAAAUCUACAGGACUGUCUCAAAAUUCUACAGAGACUCAUACAAAAUUAUCAUCUAAAUCUCAAUAUUCUCCAUUCAUUUCAUCAUCUCAUUUCAAUAAAACAAUCAACGCUUCAAUUACUUGUUCCUCUCAUCCUAUUCAUGAAACUUCCUGUACAAAUCUUACUUCUAUCAAUAGUAAUGAUGAAUAUAUUAGUAAUAUUACUGAUAAUGAAUUUAUUUUACCGGAAUUUAUUACUUUGUUAAAAUCCAACUCUAAUGAACAACAUUUAUUGUGUACAUCAAAGAAUAAUAAAUUGGAUGAGAGAAUAUUGAAUUCUUCCAUGAUGUUGGAUAAUAAUAUAAAUAAUAAUAAUAAUAAUAAUAAUAAUAAUAAUAAUAAUAAUAAUAAUAAUAAUAAUAAUAAUAAUAAAAUGAAUACCACAUUUUCUGAUGUCAAUGAUAUAAAUACAAAUGGAUUUACUGGUACCAUUUCAAAAUCUCAUCGAAUAAUCAAUUCGGAUUCAUAUUACAAUAAUAAAAUGAAGAAUAUGAAUAAAUCUAUUAGAAAAUCUUCAUCUACACCAUUGAUAUCAUCUAAAUUAGAGUUAGAUAGAUUUAUACCUGGAAACAAUAUUACAAAUAUAAUCAAUUCAUCUAUUGAUAGUAACAAUAAUUGUAAUUUCGAUGAUCAAUUGCAUACAAAAUCAUCUCCUCAAAAUAAUAAUGAUAAUGAAUUGAUAUGUUACUGUUGGAGUAAUUUGAUGAUCAAUACAUUUACUGAUAAUUCAACUGGAUUCAGUGAAAUUUUGAAUUCAUUAUAUGAAUGUAAUGUAAAUAAUAGUUUCACUGAUGAUGGUAACUAUAUCAAUGGUGAUGAUGAUGAUGAUGAUGAUAAAUCUCUAAUCAAUAAUGAAUUAUUGGAUAUAUUAAUGAAGGAUUCAUUUUCUCAAGAUUCUUCAACUUUUGAAUCAUUAUGUGAUAAUUCUCACCCUUUUUCCAUAAUCAAUAAUCCAUGUAAUUCAUGUGAUAGUUUUGAUGAGAUCAGUUCAACUUUAUCUACUGGAUUGUACUUAUGUAUUUUACAGCCUGUAUGCAAUAAAACUUCAUCAUAUGAUGAUUUGACAAAUCAUGUGUAUUCCAUAAGCAACGAUACUGAAUAUAAUCAUAAUAACACUAUUAGUAAUGAUAGUAAUGAUAAUAAUAUUGGUGGAGAUGUAAAUCAAAAUAAUCUCUUAGAUUCAUCUGUCCAUUUACUUGAAGAUUCACAAAAGUCAGCUGCUAAUGAUAAACAGGAUUCAUCAAUUUCUUGUGAGUUACAUAAAAACAUCAACAUUAGACAGUCAGAUGAAUCGUUAACGGAACUCUCCAAUGUUGAUACAACAUCAUCAUCAUCAUUACUUAAUGUAUCGACGUCAAUGAAAAUCCCUUCCCUUGAACAAAACAAGGAAUGUAUACAAUCAAAAUCUUUCCAAUGUCAUAUAUAUUUAAAUUGUGCUUUGACAAUAAAAAUGGUUCAAGGAAAUUAUACAGACUGUUUCGAUAUUGAAGAUCAGAAUGGUAUAAUCAAUUAUUCUUAUCUUGAGUUUAUUCAUCCUGAUGAUCUACAAAAUGUUAUUACUAUUUUUACUAGAAUAAUUCAUACAAAUUCUCUGGCAUGGAUCAGUCCAUACAGAGUAUCAGUACAUAAUAAAAUGAUAAACAAUAAUACUGAAAAAUCUUAUCGUUGGAUACGUAGUUUAGUAUCGUACAACAAAAUGAAAAAUAUUUUUAUAUGUUCCAGUCAGUUUCUUGGAUUAUGUGAAUUAUACACUUGUGCUGUUGGAUCGAAUCAAAGAUUACUAAGUGUAACUUUUGAACUUUCACUUAAACAAUUUGAAUUAAAACUAAAUAAUACUAUCAAUGACAAUUAUAUCUCUUCUCAAAACAUAAUGAAACCAUUCAAAUGUAAUCCUUCAAAUGAAUAUUCAAUUAAUCGUCGUUAUCAUCAACAAUUGAAAAGUAAACAAGUUCGUAUAUCUAAUUCAUCAUUUCGUCCUGUACGCUUAAAAAAACCAUCUACAUCAUUAGUGAUUAAAAAUAGUAACAUUAUUAAACCUAUCAAAUUGUUUCCAUUUCAAUCUACUCAAUAUAUAAAACAACAAUCAGGACAAGGAUAUAAUCAGAUUAUUUCUACAAAUAAUCAGAUUAGAUCCAUUAGGCUACUUUCAUUGAAUAAUAAUGGUAAUAAUAAUAAUAAUAAUAAAGUGUCUUAUUUAUCUCAUUUGAAUUCACAUUUAUAUGAUACUACUAAGGCUAAUGAUAAUAGUUAUAAUAUACAAAUAAAUUCUGUAUUAAAUAUUUCUACAACCAAAUCUUCAUUGCAUCAUUCUCCUUCAAAUAUAUCAUCAGUUCCAUAUUAUGUAAAAUCUAUGUUACCAGUAGUUAACUAUACAUCAUUAUCAUCAUCAUCAUCAUCAUCAUCGUCAUCACCUUCAAAAAAGUUAAUUUUCUUAUCUUCAGCUUCAUCUUUACCAUCAACUGUUUCAACAAAAUCAAUAAUGUUAAAUAAAUUACAAACAUUUAAUACUUCCAAUAUAUCUAAGAAUAAAUUUCGAUAUGAUGAUAAACGUGGUAAAUAUACUGAAUAUUCAACAAUGUGCCAAGACAACAAACCUACAAUUUUACAUACUACUACUACUACUACUACUACUACUACUACUACUACUACUACUACUACUACUACUACUACUACUACUACUACUACUACUACUACUACUAAUAAUAAUAAUAAUAAUAAUAAUAACAAUAAUAAUAAUAAUAAUAACAAUAAUAAUAAUAAUAUUCAUUCUUCAUCAUAUUCACAAAUAAAUUAUCUUUACAAUCAAAUGGUAUUUGCUCAUGAAAACAAUAAAACAUUGAACCCAAUGAAAUUAACUGUAAAACCUGUUUAUAAUGAUCAUCAAUGGAAAUCUGGAGAUAAUUGGUCAUCAUCUUUAACAGACAAUUCAUCACCUCAUUCAGUAUAUUCAUCUCAUGGAUCAAGUACAUCAAUCGAUCUUAGUCCAAAUGAACAAAAUCUAACAGAUUUAAGUGUGGGUAUGCAAAUGGAAGCUACUGUUAGUGAACUAUUAGAAUCAAUACCAUUAUCAAACAAAUUAUCAUAUGAUAAUGACGGAGUACAAAUGCAUAUAGAUUUUAAUGGUAAUUCAUAUGAUUCAAAUAUAUUUGAGCAUGAAGACUCAGAACUAUUACCAUUAGAUUCUGAUUUUGAAAUUAGUGAAAAUUUUACUGGAUUUCAACCAGAUUUGAUACCUGAUUCAAAUUUUCUCAGUAGUCCUGUUUAAAGAAAUAAAAGGAAUGUACCGAAUUCAAAUAAAACAAACCCUUAAUUGAAAUUAUGAAAGAAGCUUAAAUCCUAUUCUUAGUUACAUCUUUAAAAGAAAGAAAAUAAUCAGCAAACUACUACUAAUAUCUGUUCAAAGUGAACAAAUUUCGAUCAUUAUUAUUUCAUGACUGUAUAUUUUCUUAUGAUUUUGUCUUCAUUUAAAAUGUUAUUUAUUGAAAGUGAAAAUAUUGCUUAGUUCCUUUUCCAUAUAUCCUUACUCCUUUGACUAGUACUUCCCUACCUAUCUAUCUAUCUAUUCAUAUAUUUGUGUAUCUA